AUGGGCGCCGAAGCUAAGGAGCAUCUGCUCCAAGACCUCGAGUCGGGGACUGCAUCACCCUCGCGCGCUCCCGUCUUCUGCCUACCACCUUUCACGCUACUUCGACGCAAGAAGCUUUUGGUCUUGCUCCUGCUCGUGCCUACCGUCUACUUCCUGCUCAUCUACAAUGGCAAUGCUCCUUCUCCAUUAGCGUCCAAAGCAGGUGCGCAUGUGCUCGAUACGCUCCAGCAAGCCGCACCGGCCAUCAACGAGCUAGCCGGCAAGCUGCCCAUUGUGGGACACACCGACGACGCGCACCUCGACAGCGAAGGACAUCUACACAAUGCUUUGCUCGAUACCAUGCACGUCGAAGGUACCGCCGAGCUCAGUAAGCUCAAGAACCAGCUUGAACAUGAUACCUCAACAAAGGCAUCGACUACAUCGAAGAAUGCUGAUCUGGCAGCCCAAGUCAGCGAGUUGACCAAGUUCGACGCCAAGGACGAAAGCGUGAUGCUUCUGCUGCUUGCGUUGCACAUCAAGGGAUAUCAAGUUGACGACGACUGGCAGCAAGUUUACUUUGAUCGUACACCGUUGCAGAAAGGCAUCCUGUCGCUGAACACGGGGCCGUCCAACAAGUUCACCCAGCUGCUCGCUCAGGUCGGGCUGCCUCGCCCCAAAGAAGCGGCCAACUCGACGGCGGUAUCUUCCUCGCAAUUCUCGAUCUUGGAGGAUGCACACCAGCUCUACAGCCUCUCGCGCCAGGACUGGGUGAGCAAGGUGCGUCCAUCGCUCGGGCUGACCGUCUUCAGCAAAAGCUACUGCCCUUAUUCGAAGAAGGCAAAGGCGCUCCUCCACUCGCUUAACGCCACGUUUACCGUGUAUGAAGUGGACCAACGGCCGGACGCUCACCAGCUGCAGCCGCUGCUGGCAAAGUUGACGGGCCACCGCACCUUCCCCACCAUCUUGGUCCGAGAUCGAUUGCUGGGUGGCAGCGAUGACCUGCAGGACCUUCAAUCGCUCCAUGCGCUCAAAAGCAUCCUCGAGUCGAUAGGCUCGCUAUGA